GUCUAUGUGUGAUGUGUAAUGUGUAAAGGAUACACGCAACAUUAUACAAACAUAAAGCCACAGGAAUAUCAUCGAACACUACUGUUCAGUCUACUGAAGUUGUUGUAAUAACCUUAACCUGAGCGCCCGCGCCGUUGUGAAACUAAUCAAUAUUCAUAAAAAAAAACGUUAUUAGUAUUAGUGUCCAAUCAAUAUUAUAACAUUUCUUUUUUUGAGGUUACGACAUCCUUGCAAGAAUUAAGGAUGGUAAAGGCAAGAAAGUACGUAGUUAAGAAACAUUUCCAAGGAGUUCCAAAGCGUGAUGACUUUGAAAUAGUCGAAUAUGAACUUCCUCCGUUGAAACAGGGCGAGUUCGUUGUUAAAGCUGAUUGGAUUAGCGUUGAUCCUUAUAUUCGUGCUUAUAAUUCAGCUCUACCUGUUCCUUAUGACCAGUUUAGUUUUCAAAUUGGCACCGUUCAAGAAUCAAAGAACAGUUCGUUUCCUACAGGCACAAAAGUCGUUACUCAUAAAGGUUGGUGCGAUUAUAGCAUAGUUGGCGAAACAGCCGAUCCUUUUGGUAGAGUUUAUAAACUGCCUGAUUUACACGGUCUACCCGAGGAAGUUGCCCUCGGUGCCGUAGGAAUGCCUGGAGCAACUGCUUACUUUGGUUUCCUUGAAAUCUGCCAACCUAAAGCUGGUGAGACUGUUGUAGUUACGGGAGCCGCUGGGGCUGUCGGAUCCAUCGUAGGUCAGAUAGCUAAGAUUAAGGGCUGCAGAGUGAUUGGAUUCGCUGGGUCAGAUGACAAAGUGCAGUGGUUGGAAAAGGAAUUAGGAUUCGAUAAAGCAAUCAACUACAAGACAGCUGAUAUAGCCAAAGCACUAGCAGAGGCUGCUCCGAAAGGAGUUGAUUGUUACUUUGAUAAUGUUGGUGGAGAAAUAAGUAGCACUAUAAUGGGACAGAUGAACAAAUAUGGGAGGGUGUCCGUGUGCGGGAGUAUUAGCUCAUAUAAUGAUGAUCAUACAAAAAUGCCAAAGGCGACAGUUGUGCAGCCGUUUAUCGUAUUCAAAGAACUAAAAAUUGAAGGUUUUAUUGUAUCACGUUGGUCUCAGCCCAAGGAUAGAUGGCAUGAGGCGUUCUCUGAUUUAGGGCUAUGGAUUAAAAAAGGACAGCUUAAAACAAGAAGUCAUGUUACAGAGGGUUUUGAUAAACUGUACGAUGCAUUUAUCGGAAUGCUUGCAGGGGAAAACACUGGAAAAGCUGUUGUUAAAGUUUAAUAUUACUUUCAACGUUCCAUGUUGCACUGUAUGCAUUUACUAAAUAUUCCAUGUUAUGUAUUAAAAUAAAGGUUUAUUAUUUCAUA